AUGGAGAGAGCAGCCAUGCUCAUGCCCAUGCCCAUGACCAUGCCAAGACUCCUCCGUCCUCCUCCCUCCAUCUACGCUGCGCCAUCACCGUCACCUCGCCGGCUGCCACCAUUCCGCCGUGCCACCAUGAGAACUAGAAGCGAACACUCCACCACCAAAACGGCAACAACGGUGAAGCUGACGUACCUGGAGUUCAACGGGUGGCUGUGGGAGCUGGACGGCGGCAUGCCCUGGCUCUUCGACGGCGCCAAGAAGAUGCUCCUCAAAGACGGCAUCCAAGAGGACCUCGCCGUCGUCGACCUGCUCCUCAUCACCUCGAGCCUCGAUGACCACUGCCACCUCGACCAGAUAGGGACAGCACAAACGCAACAAAGGGUGGACACGGUCCGGGGCUCCGGGCCGGUCCGGUCGCUGAUCGAGCCACCAUUUUGA